CACGUGACCCUGGGCGCUGGGCUUUUAGUCCUGGCCCGAGCAAGCGGCGCGAAGGGCCCUUUUGCAGGCAGCAGCCAAGCGGAGUGAAACCGGAGUUGUGGUUGUUGUUGUUUGGAGACAGACCAUGGGGUCGGUUCGGAGCGCGUCGCCCGUCCCGGAGCGGAAUCCCACCCAACAGGCGCCGCCACCACCGCCCUCGAUCCGGAUUGCAGCCCCGGCCGUGUAAACGCCUUGUUUGGCGCGGCUUUUGUUCUUCAUCCCAAGGCAGGAUCUACUCCUAAUCCGGAUCAAGAAAGAGCAAUCCCGACCAGCGACCGCAUCAUCUCAGCCUUGUUUCAUAGCAACCUUUCCUCUUUCCACUGAAGUCCUGGAUGACCUUUGCGAAAAGCCGGAGGAAAAGUCCGUUGAUGAUCAUCGAUAGGUGAAGAAGGAGAAAAAAGGUUGGUUGAUGACCGUAAAUAGGUGACUAUCAAGAAUCAGGAUGGGACAGAAAGUGACCGGCGGCAUCAAGACAGUGGAUAUGCGGGACCCAGCUUACCGACCGUUGAAGCAGGCGCUUCAGGGUUUGGACUACUGCAAGCCGGCCCGGCUGGACUUACUUUUGGACAUGCCAUCUGCCUCCUAUGAGGCCCAGUUGACACACUCAUGGAACAACGAUGACCGGUCACUCAAUGUCUUUGUGAAGGAGGACGACAAACUCAUCUUCCACAGGCACCCGGUGGCCCAGAGCACAGACGCCAUCCGGGGCAAAGUGGGCUACACGCGGGGGCUCCACGUCUGGCAGAUCACCUGGGCCAUGCGCCAGCGGGGCACCCAUGCUGUAGUUGGGGUGGCCACAGCCGAGGCCCCGUUGCACUCAGUGGGUUACACAACGCUGGUGGGGAAUAACCAUGAGUCCUGGGGCUGGGACCUGGGGCGCAACCGGCUCUACCAUGACGGCAAGAACCAGCCUGGCAAGACCUACCCAGCCUUCCUGGAGCCUGACGAGACCUUUGUGGUGCCGGACUCCUUCUUGGUGGUGCUGGACAUGGACGAUGGGACACUGAGUUUCGUGGUGGAUGGGCAGUACAUGGGGGUGGCCUUCCGUGGGCUGAAAGGGAAGAAACUUUACCCAGUGGUGAGCGCCGUGUGGGGCCAUUGUGAAAUCCGCAUGCGCUACUUGAAUGGACUGGACCCUGAACCUUUGCCUCUCAUGGACCUUUGCCGGCGAACUGUGCGCCUUACUUUGGGCAAAUCUCGAUUGAACGAGAUCCAAGACCUACCGCUGCCGGAAUCUCUCAAGAGUUACCUUCUCUACCAAUGACCUCCAUUCUGGGGCUAGACAGAAGAAGCAAAAUGCGGGAGGGAGGCAUCAAUCGGCGAUGGCAGCACCUUUGGACAAGGAUUUAUGUUGCUUUCCAUGUUUCUACACAUACUUUUCUAAUUGCUUUUUUGCUAUUGGAGAUCCAAAAUCGACGCCAUGCCAUUGGCUGUGCCAAAUGAAAUACUGGCCUUGAUAUGUUCCCUGUCUGGUUUACUUGCCUUCUGGAGACUUUGGUUCUCUGAUUCUUCUGCCAGAUUGAUCUGCUUAAUGCCAUUGCUCUGCCUUGAUUUGGAAAGAACAUCCUUUGGAGAAAUUGAGGCUAUGGAUAUGAGAUGAGAUCCGAAGGAUUACAAAAACUGCCAGCAUUUCUGCUCUAAAAAGAUCACUCCCUGUAGACUUGCAUUUUAGACAAUACUGGAAUAAGCAGCCAUCUGAAAUGUCAAAGACCCUACCUGUUGUCCAAUAUUAACUAUGCCUUCUCCAUUUGGGUAUGAGACCAUCACCACUCAUCGAAGGCUUGGAGAUGCUUGGAUUCUCAAAAUAACUCAUCUUUCUGGGUAUUCACUUGAACCUGUAGCUUGAGGUGAUGAAAGGGGGGGGGGGGUAUAAUAUGGAGGAUAAGCUUAGAAUGGCACAAAGGCACCCCAAAUUUGGGAGUAAGGAGCUCUUCUAGGCUGAUUUUACCUUGAGUAAACAUUUGUGCUGUGCGAUAACACCCAGCAAUCCUGGCCGUGGAGGAUGAUGGGCCUUGUAAUCAAAGGAGUGUGCCAUUGGUCUUGUACCCAUGUUUCAGCUUUGGGUUGGCCUUGUCUUUCCCCCAGUUUCAAACAGAGCCUUCCAAUAUAUUGUAGAUUUCUAGAAUUCAUGGUUUUCUCCUCCUCUGCAUUCUUCUGGCUGGCAUUUUAAAUAUCCAAAUCGGAAAAUAUUCCAUGUAUAUUGCAGUCCCAACCACAUCUGGAUCAUUCUCCUUCGGGAAUGGGCUGAAAAAGAUGCCUGAGCCAUGGUUUAUCUUUUUUAUCCUUUGAAUUUAUCGAAAGUCCUUUGGAAACACUCCUUUGUUGUCUGCGAACCCUACAAAACCUUUAGGGCUUGAUCCAUGGCCGUGCCACAUUGUUACUCUAGAAGAGCAAGUUCUGCUUUAUCCAGGGAGAAGGGUGUAUUAUUAAUUUAGCCAAAUUAACAACCUUCUAAGCUCCCUCCGCAGCAGGGUAUAUUUUGCACAUGGUUUUCUUACGGGGUGAAGAAAGCACCAAUUUCUCUGUUACUGCCUCACCGGAUUUGUGUAGGGUGUGUUCUCUUCUUCUUUUUUAAAAAGAAAACUCUAUAUAGGUACAAAUGAGCUUAUUUGUUAGGAAAUGUUAAUAUAUAUAUAUUGCCUUUUUGUAUGGAAGAGAACUGUGUUUGGGUUUAUGUUUUUAAGAAAUGCUGCUGUAGGAAACUUGUGUAUGUUUGUUUUUUUAAUGAAGAAAAUAGCCUCAUUUUCUUUUAAAGCACACAAGUGGUGCCAAGAUCAGAUUUGGGGAGAAGAACGCAACCUGCCUCCUUUUUUAAACAAACUCUUACAAGAGGAACACUUUGCAAUUGCACAAAGGAUUAUAAACGUGUACAGAGCCAGACAUCUUCUUGUUUCGAUAUCCUUCAAUCCCACUUGGGUCUCUUCCACCGACACCAUCUUUUCCUCUGCCCCUGCUUUCCACCCCUUGGUGAGUCUAGAUUGUGUAGCUUUUAAACCUUUCACUAUUCUCCCCACUAUUGAUUGUAGAUAAUCAGUUAUCUUUUUAAAAAACAAUAAAAAUAAAAGUUUAUUAAAUACUGUGAA